CAAACGCCACUAGUCGGCGGUAAAGCGACAGGUUUUCUCGCGAGAGCUGCGCCACCAACGAAGAAGUCGGUCACAGAAGUAGCAACACAGAUUAUGCCGUAGAAAAAUAACCAGUAAGCAUGGAAAAAAAGAAGAAACCCUUCGAUGUGACUGCUUCAUCGCUAGUGGACCUUAAAGCUGAACUUUACAGAAAGCAGGAACAGUUCAAACAGGAUAAACUUGGGCGAGAAAACUCUGGUGCUGGGUUCACAUCAAAAUCUCAUCAGAAAGUCAAGAAACCUAAUGUUUGGAGCAAACAAAAUGCUGGUGUUUCAGCAAGAGCUGAGAAAGAUGCAGAGCAGCUGGCUGAGGAGCAGAACACCCUUGAUACAGCAAAACGCAGGUUGGAGGAGAAGGCCAAACUCUAUGAGCAAAUGACAAAAGGAGACUUUCCAGAUGAAGAGACAGAAGGACUGUUCCUGGUUGACUUCACCCAGAAGAUUAUUGACAAAAAGAGAGAAACACUCGCACACAAGGAUAGAGAUGAUGAAGAAAGAGACAGCUCAUCUCCUAUCCCCCCUCCGCAAAACCCAGAUGAGGAAUGGGUGGACUAUGUUGACGCUUUGGGCCGAUCUCGAAAAUGCAUGAAGAAAGACCUGCCAGAUUUUAAGAAAAUGGACCAAGACCUUAAAGGAAAAGGAAAAGUCUCAGCUGACAAGACGUUACUCUCAGAGGACAUGCGGCGGGAGCUUCAGAGGCAGGAGUGGGAGAUGGAGGAAGAGGAGGCUAUGAAGAGGCCUGUUGGACCGAUCCACUACGAGGAUAUCAGGGGACAAGAGGCCAGGGAGCUCGGUGUCGGUUACUUUUCGUUUUCUCAGGAUGAAGAGCACCGCAGGAAGCAAAGAGAAACUCUGGAUAUGCUCAGAGACCAGACAACAGAGCAGCGCACCAAAAGGGAACACCUAAAGGAAAAGAGGCAGGCCAUUCUGAAGGCCCGACUGGCCAAGGUGAGGCAGAGGAAGAUGAAGAAGGCCAAGCUGGAUGGCACUGAGGACGAGCAGAUUGAGGAAGAGAAUGAAGUAGAGGAAGGGGAAGGUGAAAUAAUAGGACCCUCGCCUCCACCGGAAGACUUCCCAGAGAUCAGCACAGUGAAGAAGGUGGAAGUGGAGAUUCAGGAAAGGAGGGACACUAAACCGGGAGUUCCUCAUGUCAGAGAAUGGGACAGAGGCAAAGAGUUUAUGUUUAGUGAAUGGAAAAAUCGAUGUCGUGACGAGCGAGAUUCAGAAUUUGCACCUCCCACUGCGUACUUUACUGAGGACAAGAGACAAAAACCAGUGAAGAGUAAAUCUCAAGAGAAUAAAUUUAGGACGUCCUUCAAGUGGAGCAAAGGCCCAGGAACAAUCUCUGACAGCAAAGAGGAGCCACUAUCUAAAGCUGCUCCCUCACCUCCACCAAGUCCUCCACCUCCUUCACAACCACAGACCUCAUCACAGUCAUCAUCUUCAGAUCACCCAGCAGCUUCGGCUCCAGUGUCUGCUCCUCCAUGUAAUUCCCAGAAUCCUCCUACUCCAAUUUGUCCUCCGUUUCCUCCUCCCACUCCCCAGUUUGCUGCACCACCUCACCUGCUCCCUCCGUUCCCCCCACAUAACCCAAACCAGUAUCCACCCCAGUAUCCACCCCAAUAUCCAAACCAGUAUCCACCCCAGUAUCCACCCCAGUAUCCACCCCAGUAUCCAAACCAGUAUCCACCCCAGUAUCCCCUUCAUUAUCCCCCUCAGCAGCCCCCUCAGUAUCCCCCUCAGGAGCCCCCCCCGCCUGGCCUAGACAGCAGCCAGGCCCAGCAGCCUGCACAGAGUCUAGACGACAUGCUGUCCUUCUACAGGAAUCUCUAAAAUGUCAUGUUUUACACUGCCAGUUUAAAUUCUUAUGUUUCCUUUUUUGAAGAAUCCACAGAAAAUGACAGAACUUAAUGCCUGAGAUCUGUGGAAUUUUAGCAUUGAAUAAAUAUAAGGAAUUUAACUCGA